CGACUGGUACGAGAUCAAGAGCGAUGAUUCCACCACUGUUGACGACCAAAAAAGCCAAAUAAGGUCUCCAAUUUUCCCUCCGCCAAACCACCUCGCUCAAUCUUCUACCAUAGCUGUGGGUUCUAGGAUAUAUGUCAUCGGGGGUUGCGAUUUCUCUGGUGAGUACACCCCAAUCCCAGAGACCUUCAAAGAUGUUUAUUACCUGGAUACUCUUUGUCCUGAAAAUGGUUGGCACAAGGCAUUUUCUAUGAUGAAACCAAGAGAGUUGCCUUACUCUAUAGCCUCGAAUGGAAAGAUGUACGUGAUGGGAUCAUCUGCAAUGGGUGAGAAGGACCCAUAUCCCUGGGCUGAGGUUUUGGAUACAGACCUGGGUGGUGGUUGGACUCCGUUGCCUGAAGAUAAAAGUAUGGAUCUUGCCGUAACCGGCCAUGCAGUAUUGGAGGGUGGGAACCGAAUUCGAGUCCAUUCUGUGUUCGAUCCUUGCCUACACUAUUACGACGUUCAAGAUAAAUGUUGGGGGAUAUAUUCUAGGGAUUUUGGCGUCAACAAGAAUUCAUCAGCCUUUUUGGAUGGUGUUCCGUAUUAUGUUGAUUGGACAACGCCGAGGUGAUAGAUGCUCUGCUUGUCUCUAAUGGUGAAACCGUCCCCAAGCAAGUCAAGGGUUUGGAGGAUCUCCCCUUUGAUAGAUACAAGAAUAUUGCUAUUAUGAGGUCGUUUGAUUAUGGUGAUAGAUAUUCUGAUGAUUUAGAUUUUGAGUGGGUACCAGCAGAAAGACCCGAGGGUCCUUCUCCAAGCGUAAAUUUGGUCUCGCACGGAAGGGAUGAGCUAGCUGUCAUCUGGACCGGCUUAGAUUUCUGGAAUGUUGCUGGUGCUGUGCUUCAUGUGUAUUUUUCCAAAUUGAAGAUUUCUAAAGUGGAAAACGCAGCAGGAGUGGUUGAUGAGCUGGUGGCUCAUCCUUUAGCUCACAAGCAUUACCAUGUCAGGGCCUCUAUGUUUGUUGACUGCCUUUCAACAGCUUUAUAAUGCAAAAUUCAAAGACAUAGAGGAUUUUCACUCUUUGAUGGCUGAAGUUAUAGUUAAGCCUUAUAGAGAGGAUAAUGAUUUCCAAUGGCGACGGUUGCAAAGUUAUUUCAGAGACCAGAGACUUUCGAACGAGUUUUCCCUUUUUAUGAAGGACUUGCGGGACAAAAAAUAUCAAUCAUGAAAAAGUGGAUAUUUGUUGGCUGUUGGACGAUUCUUCGUUUUGGAACAGUACUCUGAAAAAAAAAUUUAUAAUGAAGGUGUGGGAUAUUAUGCAUGGUCGUAAACUGUUUGAUGGAAUCGUUUUGGAUGCUUGUGUAAUGAAAUAUAUUCCUAAUUGGCGUUCUAACAUUCCUCCUCCGGGCAAUGCUGAGCAAAGGGUGUUUGCUAAAAUUGAGAAAGAUAAAUAUUUUUUUGGCCAAAAGGCAUGGGCGUGUUCCACCCGAAAGUAUUGCUGUUGAAGUUAUUCGAUUCUAUAGGGGAAUGAUAGUGCACUAUAAUGACAAUCUAAACUUCUAUCAGCCGAGGAUUGAGAAGAGUGAUAUCAGCCAUAUUGCUUAUGCUAUUUUUCAUGGUGCUUGUGCUAUUCUGCGACGUGCAUGUGCUGAUGUUUCGUAUCCUUCACUUGAAAAAAGUUCGAUUGUAACUUGAUGAAGUAACAAGAUUGUCGAUCUUCUUCCUGCCGUAAUGCUGUGAAAAGUAGGCCUCCAACGCUCUGGUCCUGCAGUUGCAAAGCCUGGAACAAUGGAAGAGAAAGCUAUAAUGAUUCGUGAGUUAUCUUAUAGAUCGCACAAAUGGAGAGCCAAACUCCGUGUCAUUCAAAAACAGCCCCCUCGUACAACCAAGCUUGGAACAACUACUAUCCAACAAUUCAUCCUAACAGACAGUGAGGGCUCACGAAUUCAAGCUACAUGUUUUGAUGAUGACAUCCCAUGUUUGAUGGCCUACUCCAUGUAUACAAGACAUUAUUUUUCAAAUGGCAUCAUCAAAUACAUUGACCCUCGAAAUAGAAUCAUUGACAACACAAUUCAACUCAUGCUAAACUCUCGUAUAUCAGUUGAAGAAACUGAAUCAACAGAAGAAGCAAAUGCAUUAGAAACAUACUUUUUCAUCCAGCUAGCAGAUGCUUCCGACUACAUUACAACAAAUAUCAAAUUUGAUAUUGCUGCUAUUGCAACCAAUGUUCUUCCGACAAGAACAAUCACAAAGCGAAUCGAUGGACAACCAGCUAAAGUCAGAGAAAUCUUUCUCAUUGACCAAUCGCAACUAGCAAACCCAGAAAAAAUUGAAGAAAUUGCAAAUUCAAAACACUUGUUCCUGUUGCCGUCUCCAACUUCAUCUUCAAAAACAUUUGAAGUUGUACCUAUCAACAAUUUGUCGUCGCAUGAUCAGGGCAACAUAUGGAUAAAAGGCAAAAUAACAGCAGAACCAAUAACCCAGCGUCCAUGGUAUGUUGCUUGUAACAAAUGUAACCGCAGUACAAUGGGAGACAUUGGCACCUCAUUUACUUGUAUUGAAUGCAAUACAGAAGAAUCUACAGCGACAGCAAGAUCUAUCCUCCGAAUUCAAAUCAAGGACAACAGUGGUUGCUUCCAAACAGCUAUUUUUGGACCACAUGCAGAGAAGCUGGUAGGCCAUUCAGCAGAUGCAUUGGUGCAAUUAAAUCUCAGGGAACGUAUGCAGAAAAUAGCUGACAUCAACAUGGCUUCAAAGGAAAAAGAAUAUUAUAUUCAUCUCGCUCCUACCAAAAAUGCAAGUUCAACAUGGGCAAACAACAAGUGGACUGUCUGACAAGUAGAAGAUGUAUAAAUUCCCUUGUGUAAUACAAUAUAUUAUUAGUAGAUCUACAUAUAUAGAUAUAUAUAUAUAUUAACAUAUCUGUCAAUAUAUAUCCAUAUACUUCACUAGAAGUUAUGUAUAAUAGUUAACUUACACUUUUUGCAUAACAUAUAAACAACCUUGGUAUGUAAUAACUUCCGCGUUUUUGACAACAUAUAAAUAGCUGCCAUCAAUAGUAUAAGAUUAUGCUUGCUAGCUUUUGGAUGCUACCUACAACACUUAUUUAAUCCUACAUUGAAUAUCUAUUUUGGAGCAUUCAGUGCUUGGAAGCAAAGUAGCCAAUAUGAGGCAUGCAGAUUUGUUAUUCGCA